CAAGCUUCCUCUUAAGCUACCAUCAUGACAUGUACAUUGUGAGUGAAGGAUAUCCUUACAGAAGAUACUGUAUUUACUGUCACAUCUGCUAAGCAGCACUACAGCAACAGCAUCCAAAUGUUCAACAAAAAUAAAUCAACAGCAACUUCAAAGUUUUAUAAUGAAUUACCAAAGGAGGAGUUGUACAGUGGAUACCUACACAAGUCCCCCGUUCGUUCUGCCCUUACAAAUGGCAUAAAAUCAUGGAGGCGUCGUUUCUUUGUACUUUCCAAGGAGGGUGAGGACAACUAUCGGCUGGCAUACUUUAAAACCGAUAAUAAGCGAGAGAAGCCUUUGGGGGAAAUAGACCUUUCUAAGGUCAGUUUAUUUUAUACUUCCCCUGAGAAACAUCCGAUGUGGGAAUGGAUUCAGAAAAACUUCAAGUGCCUCCCGUCCUCUGUACUGCUUCUGAGAGUCGAAAACUUCAUGGUAAAAUAUGCAAGAGAUUAUUUCCUCAUUGGAGAAAACAGUGAGGACGUGAAUUUCUGGCACAGUGAGUUACAGAAAGUUUUGAAGACUCAACAAUCACAGAAUAAAGUAACAGAUGAUGACCUUGAACAGGACAAGAGAUUCAGAGCAAAAACUGAACCUCCUUGCAUAUCUCAAGAUGGCAAAGAAGAACCAAUGAGUCAAUCUGCUCUAUUUCGGCAGUCUGCACCUAUAUAUACAUUCAUUUCCCCUCCAUUGCCGGAUGGCUACUACGAUAUUCCUCGCAAGUUCAGUGAUAUUGUAAUUAGUGAUGAUGAAGAAGAUGACACAGAUGAACAGCCUGAUACUCCAGAAGACAACGUCGACAGUGCAUACAUGCCUAUGUUUUCAGUAAAUGAGGUGUUGCAACAGAACCAACAGGAGGAGGAUCCAUGCUUUCAGAAAAAUACGUCCACCAACAGCCUUGAAUCUUACAAGGACUUGUGUGAUGGUGCAGACAAUCCAAUGAAACGAAACUGUGCAGAGCCGAGGUGCUUUAAGGGGUCUCUUUCAGACUUUAAUGGAAAUUGUGCCUCUACUGAGAUGAAUGAGGGAUCCCCAAACAAGAGUGAAACCCACAAACCCGUUGAAAAGGAGAUCUGCAUUAACCGAAAUGAUCUUUAUAAAAGUUUAAUCUUCACACAGAAAGAAGGAAAACCAUGUGUGUCUGAGUGUAAGACUGAGACCUCACAUUUGUUUCAUAAGGGGGAUCAGAUCCUGGCCCUCAAUGACCUGCAAAUAGAGACAGUAGAUGAGAUACAGACAUACAUAAAAAGGCUUACAAAAGAUGAGGUAAAACUGACUAUUCUACGACAUCCGGGAUCCCAGCCUUUUCACGCUAAGCCCUGUUCAUCACUUUGAGGACAUCAAACAAAACGAGGACACUUAUGUUCAUUAAAAACAUGUGCAUUAAGUUCAUUGGCUCUACAAUGAAUAUCUUAUAGUGAUUUAUAAAAUCUGCAUUGUGUGACAUUAAAACUCAUUUUUUAGAAUCUAAUGGCAUAAAGCAGGACUAUCAAAUAAUAGAAGUGGCGAGCAGGUUAUCGGAAAAUAUGACGUCGUCUUCUGUUUGUACAGUAAUUGUUGAAAUGUGCAGUGCAAUAUGAAGUAAGAUCUUAAAUUGUUACUAAUUAGUAACAUGAGACUGUAUAUACAAUUUGUAGAUAAGACUAUAUGAGACUGGUGAUGGAUAUAUACGCUACUGUAUGUUUAGGUGAACAUAAGACACAAAAUAAGACAAAGACAAGUAUUACAUUGACAUAUAUGAAGGUUAAUCUACUGUGAAAAACUAUUUAAACUUCUUUAAAGCUGCACUUAGUUUUUUUAUCUGUACACUGAGGCACUUUAUUGUACUGUUUUUAUACACAUUUUCAUUAUUCUGUUCUGUUUUGUUUGUCAGAUAUUGCCUAUAACAUAUGAGCAAUUAUGUAUGUGAGAAAUGUGUAACAUUAUUAUAUUGUAAAGUGUUACAAUAUAAAGUUUGCCACUUUCAUAUUUCAUUGUGUGCAUGGCUAACUGAAAAAAAAUUGUGCUUUAAGGG